AUGGCUACUCGUCCAGACAUCCAUCUGUACACAACCCAGACUCCCAAUGGGAUCAAGAUCUCAACAACCCUCGAGGAACUGGGGUUGCCCUACAAGGUCACAAAGAUUGAUAUUUCAAAGGGCACUCAGAAGGAGCCAUGGUUCUUGGAGAUCAAUCCUAAUGGAAGGAUUCCGGCGCUGACCGAUACUUUUACUGAUGGGAAGACUAUCAGACUGUUUGAGUCUGGAAGUAUUCAGCAAUAUCUUGUCGAUCAGUAUGACAAGGACCAUAAGAUUUCCUAUCCGAGAGGAACGAGAGAAUAUUAUGAAGUGAACAACUGGCUCUUCUUCCUUAAUGCUGGUGUUGGCCCUAUGCAAGGACAGGCAAAUCACUUCUCAAGAUAUGCUCCAGUGCAUAUCGAAUACGGGGUAACCCGCUACACAAACGAAACCCGCCGCCUCUACGGCGUUUUAAACACGCAUCUUGAGAAAAGCACUUCAGGUUAUCUCGUCGGCGACCGAUGCACCAUCGCAGACCUUGCUCACUGGGGUUGGAUAGCGAGUGCUGGCUGGGCCGGCGUCAACAUUGACGAUUUCCCAGCGCUGAAGGCCUGGGAAGAGCGAAUGCUUGCCCGACCAGCCGUGGAGAAAGGCAGACAUGUGCCGGAUCCACAUACGGUUAAGGAGUUAAUGAAGGAUCCGCAGGCCGCGAACAAGGCUGCUGAGAGCACUCGCAACUGGGUGCAGAAGGGGAUGGUCGAGGAUGCUCAGAAAUGA